CUCUCUCUCUCUCUCUCGCUCUCUCUCUCUCUAUCUUGAUUUGUCUAUCCCUGUUUAUCUCUCUCUCUCUAUCUGUCUAUCCCUCUUUCCCUCUGUGCUCUUCUCUCAACUCUUGUAUUUCUUUUCCCUUCAUCGCACGCUGUGUAUAUUUGCCUCCGUCACGUGAAGCGUGUGUUUCGGACAUUGUGUAUGGGUGUGUGUGAGAGUGUGUGUAUGCGAGAGUGUGUUUCGUCAUGAGUCCUGGACUUUCACGAUCUGAGGAGAAGGUGAAGGGUUCCAUCGAUGGCAGUGUGGAUCACAGUCUGGAGCAAGGAACCGAUGGAGAAACUCCACCGCCACUGAGGAACUACAUCUUCCUGACCAUAUUCACGUGUUUCUGCCCGGCGUGGCCCAUCAACAUCGUCGCACUCGUCUUCUCCAUGAUGUCUCAGAGCAGCUACGAUAACGAGGAUUAUGAUGGAGCUCGCCGUUUGGGGAGAAAAGCUCUACACAUGGGCAUUGCUUCUUUCAUCAUCGGCAUACUAAUAAUUAUGACCUUCUGCAUCGUACACUUCACUACGCACACUAUCUGAGCGUGCAGAGGAAAAUCACUAGAAAUAGAUUCAGCAUGAAGUUCGUCGUGACCUCUGAUGGACUCGCAGGAGAAAGCGAGAUGUGGCUCAGAGGCGCCCCCUGCAGCUCUGUACAGUGUUUAUGGCUAAUCUGUACACUUGUAUAUUCUAACGCAGUUCUAAACUCCAGAAAGUGUAAAUUCUGGUCCAGAAGCGUGAGUGGGAAAACCAGAUGUUUAUUUUAUAUGUGUUUCUCAUGUUAUAGAGCCUGUUUUCAUGCUAGUACACAUCGUUAACUUCAGUUUACUGGCAACAACAGGAUUAAUUUACACUUGAAGACAUUUAUGGAUAACAUUUUUGAAAUUUCAGAUUUGUUUAAAGGAACCUUUUGGUAAAUAAAUAAAAUGUACAGAGUUUCACAUUUAUGCUUAACGUAGCCGAUUAGCAGAGACGCGUCAUGUCUAGCUGACAUUUUGCCGGUUUACACUGAAGCUAUGAUGCUAAUGUAGCACUAACAACUGAUGGAAGGCUGUCUCAGAUUGUGUAGAUGACAUGCAGCAGCUCCUUUAUCAUUAAUAGAUAUUUAUUAGUUUAUUUAUUGAGUUCGUUUUUGAGGCUCUGUUUAAGCAGGUCAGUCUCACUGAGACAAAAAUCUCCUACAAUCACAUCUGUAAUCUUUCCAUAGUGAUUUCAGCUGCUGCUCUACAGAGGAAUUGGUGUGAGCAUGGAGAUGGAGAUGAUGUUUGAUGUUGUGUGAGACAGACUUCCAUCACACACUCAGUGAAAUGUCUUAUUGUCCCUACAGAUCCACAGCGUCUCUGUUACUGAUCAUGUUUAUUAACGCUGACAGAACAUUUAUGUUUGUACAGAAAUUAUUUGUCUGUUUGAGUUUUUUUAAGAUUUUGUGCAAUGUAUGAAUUUCAAUAAAUAAACAAAAUUAAA